AUCAUCACAUAAAGUCUCUCUCUCUCUCUCUCUUCCUGGCCUUUAAGAGGCUGUGAAGAUAACGCAGAAUCGGUUAGGUUUUAGUCAAACAUCACAAUCAGAUCAAUAAAUGCAAUGAAGAACUGAACUAAAAAACUGAUGUAUAAAUACAGGGAAACUUCGCUCAGACUUAAAAUAUAUAUAAUAUUCUAAUAUAUGUAUAAAAUAACAAUGCAUUUAAAAAUGUUUCCAUUAAAUUUAGUUACAAUUUUAAUAUUAUUGUUAUCACUAUUGAGAUUAUCUCACGAAACCAUUGAUGAAUAUUCUGUUGAGUCUCCAGUAGUAAACAGUUAUGAAGACAUGAAUAUGAUUAGUGCCAAAAAUAUUCAAAAUACUGCCCAAACGCUACCAACAGUUCCAUUAAAAAAGAUACACAUCGGAGGUCUGUUCCCAAUGAAUGGGUCCACCGGUUGGGUCGGCGGUCAGGGCUGUCUUCCCGCCGCCCAAAUGGCACUCCAAGACGUCAACAAAGACCCCAACAUAUUAAGUGGCUUUGAAUUAGACCUCAAGUGGAAUAAUAGCGAGUGUGACCCGGGAUUGGCGGCCACUAUAUUGUAUGACCUGAUAUACAGACCGCCAAAGAAGACGUUAAUAUUAGGCGGCUGUUCAAUAGUGUGUACGGGAAUCGCAGAAACGGCCAAAAUGUAUAAUUUAAUAGUUGUCGGCUACGGCUCGUCCUCUCCAGCGCUGUCUAAUCGGCAACGCUUUCCCACAUUCUUCCGAACCCAUCCGUCGGCCACAAUCCAUAAUCCCACGCGAAUAAAGCUCUUUAAGAAGUUUCGUUGGUCUCGAAUAUCCAUUAUAUUAGAGGCCGAAGAGCUCUUCGUUACGACGGGAAAAGAUUUAGAGACGAGAUGUAAAGAAGCGGAUAUCGAGAUUCUGACUCGAGUGUCGUUUCUGGACGACCCGACUGAGGCGGUCAAGAGUCUGGUGAGACAGGGCGCCCGCAUUAUAAUUGGCAUGUUUUACAGCGCAAACGCCCGCAAAGUGAUGUGCGAGGCCUACAAAGCGGGUCUUUACGGCAAACAAUACGUUUGGUUUCUCAUUGGUUGGUAUGAAUCCAAUUGGUUUCAUCCCGUGUCGGGCAUUAACUGCACACUCGAUGAGAUGCAUAAAGUGGUUGAGGGACACUUCACCACCGAAGCGCUUAUGCUUAAUCAGGGCUAUCAGCACACAAUCGCCGGAAUGACAGCUCAGGACUGGCUGACAAGAUAUGAGAAAGAAUUGACUAAAUAUAAGCAGUACUUCCCGGAGGGCUCUAAUAAGCCACAGGAGGGCUUUCAAGAGGCGCCCCUCGCGUACGAUGCCAUUUGGGCCAUCGCUUACGCUCUCAAUAAGUCCAUUGAGAUCCUAUCGAAAAAAGGCUUAUCGUUGGACUCAUUUGAUUACGAGUCGCCGCAGAUUACAAACGUUAUCAAAAGCGAGUUACAAAAAGUACAGUUUCUCGGCGUUUCUGGUUAUGUGGCCUUCAAUGACAUCGGCGACCGCAUCUCGUGGACUCUUGUCGAGCAAAUGAUUGCCGGAACGUACAAACAGUUGGGCUUUUAUGACACCAUAACCGACAACUUGACGUGGAAUGACGGCGAAAAGUGGGUCAUUCCCGGCCGACCCCCGAAGGACAGGACAGAAGUGGUCCGUUCGCUACAGACCGUCAAUAAUGCGCUCUUCAUAUCGUUGAGUGUCAUCAGCGCUAUCGGCGUCCUUCUGGCGGUUUCGCUCAUUUGUUUCAAUUAUAAAUUUAAUUCAUAUCGUUAUAUCCAAAUGUCAAACCCGGCGUCCAAUAACCUAAUGCUAUUCGGAUGUGUUCUCUGUUUCAUAUCUGUUGUACUCUUUGGUUUGGACGGACAGGACGUCGGAGGUCUUCAUAAUUUCAUCAUUGUUUGCAAUGCUCGGGCAUUCUGUUUGUCAAUCGGAUUCUCUCUAUUCUUUGGUGCAAUGUUUGCGAAGAUAUGGUAUUGUCAUCUCUUACAUACACAGAGCAAAAGAAAGAAAAUAAAUAACAAUCACAUAUAUAUAAUGAUACUAACAUUUUGCUCAAUCGAUUUGAUAAUAUUAAGCAUUUGGUACUUUAAAGAUCCAAUCAAACUGAAUGUGAAAACAUUCCCACUUUUAAAUCCCGACAUUAAUAUUGAUGAAGACAUUAAAAUCCAGCCGUGUAUAGAGCACUGUGAGGCUAAUUUCAUAUGGUAUGGCAUAUUAUUUGGAUACAAAGGGCUUCUGCUAUUAUUUGGUCUUUUCCUGUCAUAUGAGACGAGAAGUGUUAAACUCAAACAACUCAAUGAUUCCCGACUCGUGGGAAUGAGUAUAUAUAAUGUUGUCGUCAGUAUUAUUUUGAUUCAUAUAUUGUUAGACCUGUGUUUCAUAAGACCGGUGUCUCAAGUGAUUGAAGAUCAAGUGAACGCUCACUUCGCGUUCAUAGCGUUAGCGAUCAUAUUCUGCUGUUUUCUGACAAUGGCUUUGGUGUUUGUUCCUAAAGUUGUUGAGUUGGUUCGCCGAAGAGGUGGUCCUAACGCUGGUUUGAAUGGAAGCGGAAUUAACGGCACAUUUCACGAAACAAUGACGAGUCGCGAAGAAGAGGAGCGUUUUAAUAGAAUAACGCUUGAAAACCAAGAGUUAAAAGAAAAGAUAUUUGAAAAGGAGAGACAAAUCGAAGAAAUCAAGACUAAGAUUGAAUUACUGGCGAAAGAACAGCAAGAGUUGCGAAAGAGUGAG